GAUAGAGCAUAGCCAGCAAGACAGCAGCAGGGCACAACGCUCUCGCUCGUUAUUUCGCUUCGCACCGUGUUUGCGUUCACAACUCACUCUCGGUUCGGGUUCUGCAUUUUAUUUUAUUAUUAUUAUUAUUUUUUUUUGUUUGUUCUCCUGCUCCUGCGUCUGCUGGGUGCCUCUGGGGUGAUUUGUGUGCCGCGUAGCCAGUGACCGGGUAGGAUUAAACUAAACUAAUUCACCGCCUAAUCGGUGCUAUCCUGGACUCUUAAAAACAAAAAAACAAGCAGCAAAAAAAAAUAAAUAAUAAAUAAAUAAAUAAAUGAAAAUGAAUGAGGAAAAUUCGCAAAUGGAUGUAUGAGAAGAGUGUAGAAGCAUACAGAGUAGAAUCAGAAGAGAAUUAAAAAAAGCAAUCCUCCACAUCAAAGACAACCAAUGGGACCAAAUCACUGCGACACGAACUGGACUAAAACAGCAUCGGAUCGCGAGGUGGAGGAGCAACAGCAGCUAGAGCAACUGUUUGCCAAGGAGGCGCCGGAGGAGGCGGCCACAGGGGAGCCAUCAUAGGAGCAGCAACGUCUGCCUCAGCUGCCCAGGGCCCCUCGAGAAUGUCUAGCCGGAAGUCAGGUGGUAGCGGUAGCGGAGGAGGAGGAGGAGGAGGUGGUAGCACCGGAGUCGCAGUCGAUGGAGGAGGAGGAGGAGGAGGUGCCCUGGAUGACAAUGCCAAUGCCAAUGAUAAUCCAACCACCACCACUAUUAGUAGUGGACCAGGGGAAUCUUUGUCAGAAGCUGGCGAGGAUACAUCAUCCACUACUCCCACGCCCAUGGAUGCAGAUGAAUCUGCGCCACCACCAUCCUCCACAGAAGGAACCGAAACAGUGGAUGGAGGAGCCGAAGAAUCAUCCGAAAUGGAAACCAAUGAAAAGGAGGCGGAGGGCAAGGAGGAGAAGGAGUCAAAGGAGUUAUCUCCUUCCCCUAAAACCCGUACGCCUACGCCAGUGGCCACGCCCACAACAGCCAGCAUAAGAAUCACUCGCCAUUCAUCGCCCCUGCUCCUGCUCAGCUCGCCGACGACCGCCCGCCGGGAGAUCUCUGUCGGGAGUGACGGAGGCGCCACCGCCGCCGGCGACAGUGAAGAGGCAGUCGGAGUCGGAGUCGGAGUAGUCGUUAGUCAGCGCAAGAGUUCCGUGGAGCGAGCGGUGACACCAGUUAUACGAGGACGCAAGUCCAUCAAGGAUCUAAAAGAAGCCAAAGAAGUCAAGUCCGAGGAGGCGGAGGCCACUGGCGCGACGCCCGAGCCGGCAGCGGCGGCGCCGGAGGAGCCAGUGGCGGCGGAGGGUAGCCAGGAACCAGAGUCCUUGCCAGGAGCAGCUGCCGCGGACGAAAAAGACCACAGAGACACAAAAGACACUGAAAAGGAUAAGGAUAAGGAGAAGGAGAAAGAGAAGGAGGAGGUGAAGGUCAAAGAGGAAGAGAAGGAAAAGGACAAAGAGAAGGAUAAGGAUAAAGAGAAAGAAAAGGAGAAGGAAAAAGAAAAGGAGUCUCCGAAGGACAAAAAGGAGCCAGUUACGCCCACAACCUGCAACCGAGUCACCCGCAAAUCCCACGCCCAGGAGCAUCAGGUCACCAACACCCGUGUGACCCGCAAUCGCCGCCAGUCCUCCACUCUGGGCUUCGCCGCCAAUUCCUCCUCCGCUGCCGUGGCAGCAGCCGCCACAGCGGCCACCAAUCUGGCGGCCACAUCCUCAGCAGCAGCAGCAGCAGCGGCGGCGGCAGCGGCAGCGGAUCAGCAGCAACCACAACAACAACCGCCACCCACAACAACAGCUCGAGGACGCCGGAAGAAGGCACAGACGGUGGCAGCACCACCCCUGGAACCGGCCGUGAAACGAAAGCGAUCGGAGGAUGCGGAAGCCGAGACGGAAGCCAGCAAUGCCGCCAAGUACAGCAAGGUGGAGGUGGUGAAGACCGAGGAGGCGGAGGCGCCGGCAGCCGAGGAGGAUGUGCCCAUGAAGCAGGAGCCCAUGGAGGCCAGCGAAGUGGUGACGCCGCCGACGGCAACUGCAGCUCCAGCAGCUCCAAUAUCCGGUGGGACGAGACGGGGUCGUGGACGGCCGCAGAACCGAAACUCAGCCUCGCCGGCGGCCGUCACCUCGACGCGAUCCACCCGGCUGAGCAAGGCAGGAUCUCCGGGUGUCAUUGGCCAAACACCACCGGCCCAGGAGCCGGCGGCGCCACCGAAACGGCGGCGGGUCGGCAGCAGUACACGGAAAACGGCGUCGGCCAGCUCCCUGGCCACCAGCUCCCAGGGCGGGACAGCGGCGGACGAGGACUCCAAAGACAGCAUGGCGUCCUCCAUGGACGAUCUCCUGCUGGCGGCGGCGGACAUCAAGCAGGAGAAGCUCACCGCCGAGUUCGAGGACAGCCUUCUGCUGGCGGAGAGCAGCCUGCCCUCCACAUCCACGGGUGCCUCAUCCGCGCCAGCCGUAGCCUCAUCUGGAUCGAAUGGCCAUUCCUGCAUAGAACCUCUAACCGUGGAAACGGAUCCGGCGAAACCCAAGGACCUACUGCCACCGCCCGAGGAUGCGUCCGCCAGCCAGCCAGCUGGGGAAGCGGCCACAGCGGGAGGAGCAGCCGGAACAGGGGCGGUGGGCAAGGCGCCGUCCCUCAGCCCGGAGAUGGUCAGCGAGGGGGUGAGCGCCGUCAGUGUGCGGAACUUCUACAAGAAGCCCGAGUUCCUGGCCAACAAUCUGGGCAUCGAGAAGGAUCCGGAGCUGGGCGAGAUCGUCCAGACGGUCAGCAGCAAUGCGACAGAGUCGGAGGAGAUGGUGGUCGAGGAGUCGCCCAAGCUGGACAGUAAGAAGUCCAAGCCGGACAGCGAGGCGGCGAAGAUGGAGGAUCAGGCCGAGCCGGAGACGGAAAUCCUGGCCGAUGGUCUGGCGGAAAUCACAGCCGAGGCGGAGGACUCCAUUUCGAUAGGGUCCAUGAAGACGGGCGACCUGCGACUGGACGACAGCGGCGAGGGAUCCGAGGUGCUACUCGACCACGGCCUGCUCCUCAACGGAGCCGCCCAGCAUGAGCGGGGGCAGCCGGAAGCGGAGGAGGAGGAGCCGGAGGAGGACCCAGAAGUUCGGCAGACCAAGCCCAACAGCUAUGAGGACUCUGACCAUGAGAUAAUGGACAAGCUGGUCGAGGAAGGAGUCCUGGACGCAGCAGGGAAUCCCCUCAGCCAGGCGGGAGUCGCCAAGCUGGAGGAGGAGCUGGAGGAGGAUGUCGGCACGGGCGAGGUAGUCGCUGCCAUGGUGAACCAGUACAUUUUGGACAUCACGGAGCAGGCCGAGCAGCUGCUGGUGGACAAGGUGGAGUUCCCCGAGGAGAACAAGGAGAACCUGUCCACCGCGGCGGACGCCACUGCCCCCGAUGGUCUGGACAUCCAGUUGGCGCUCAAGGACGAGGACGACGAGGGGUUGCCGGUGAAGAAUGAGGAGCAGGUGAAGCAUCUGGACCUGGAGCUGCAGCUGACGGAGAAAAUGGACGUGGACCAGGACGAGGAGCUGGACGAGAAGCCGAGCAAUGGGAAGCAGGAGGAGGAUGACGAGGAGCAGCAGCAGCAGCGGCGGGAGCAGGAGAUCCACCUGCAGAACCUCGGCCUGCUGACGCUUCAGGCGGCGGAGCAGCGGCGGCAGGACCUGCAGGAGGCCCACACCCGCCAGGCCCAGCUCCAGCAGCAGCAGCAACACCAUCACCAGCACCACCAGCACAAGCGGCAGGGGGCGCGUGGCGGCGGAAGCGGUGGCAGCAGUGCCACCCACGUCGAGUCCAGCGGCACCCUCAAGACGGUGAUAAAGCUGAACAGGAGCAGCAAUGGAGGCGUCGGCGGCAGCAGUGGCCUGCCCACCGGCACUGUGAUCCAUGGCAGCGGCGGCGGUGGCGGUGGUGGCUCGUCUGUCUCCGCCGGCUCCUCCUCGGUGGGCAGUGCGACGCGCAAAUCGAGUGGUGCUAUGGGCGCCUCCGGCGUGGGAGCAGCAACGGGAGCCGUAGCCGGAGUGCGUCGGCAAUCCCUCAAGAUGACAUUCCAGAAGGGUCGGGCCCGAGGACACGGGGCAGCAGACCGAUCCGCCGACCAGCCAACCGAAGACUCCUACUACACCAUCCAGAAUGAGAACGAAGGUGCGCAGAAGUCGAGUGGAGUGACCACUACGGGUAAUCCCGGCCGAAAGACCAAUAACCGUUUCAGCUCAACUAACAACCACUCCGCGGUAGCCUCCUCGCACGGUGGCAGCCACCAUUCUUCGGUCCAGUACAAUUCAUCUCACUCGGAGGGCUUGGGCCAGGGCGAACAUGGCUUCUAUCAGAUGGUCAAGAAGGACGAAAAGGAGAAGAUCCUCAUACCCGAGAAGGCCUCCUCGUUCAAGUUCCAUCCGGGGCGGUUGUGCGAGGAUCAGUGCUACUAUUGCAGUGGAAAGUUCGGACUCUAUGACACGCCCUGCCACGUGGGGCAGAUCAAGUCCGUGGAGCGCCAGCAGAAGAUCCUAGCCAAUGAGGAGAAACUCACGGUGGAUAACUGCCUCUGCGACGCCUGUUUCCGCCAUGUGGACCGUCGAGCCAAUGCCCCCUCCUACAAGAAACGCCUCUCGGCUCCCGGCCACCUCGAGACGGGUCUGGGUAAUGCGGAGAAACACUUCGCAGGCGAUGGCAGUCUAACAGAUCCAUCGGGUAGCGGAGAAGGUGGCUCUACAACGUCAUCUGGCGUGGGCGGAGCUGCCAGCGGAGGUGGUGGUGGUGGUGCCAUUCGGGCCUGCGCCGUCAAAGACUGCUCCGAGGGAGCUGGGCACUCGCUGCGGCGCAAGUGCAUCCGCAAGAGCGUAAAGAAGUUCCAACUGAACCUGGACAUACCCGCGGGCAGUUCCAUCGUCUGGCUGUGCGAGGCGCACUACAACACCGUCAUCCAGUUCUCCGGCUGUGUGCUGUGCAAGCGGCGUCUGGGCAAGAACCACAUGUACAACAUAACCACGCAGGACACCGAUCGGUUGGAGAAGGCACUCUCCGAGAUGGGAAUCCCCGUGCAACUGGGCAUGGGCACCGCCGUCUGCAAGCUCUGUCGGUACUUCGCCAACCUGCUGAUGAAGCCUCCGGACAGCACCAAGUCCCAGAAGGCCGAGUUCGUCAAGAACUACCGGAAGAGGCUCCUUAAGGUGCACAACCUGCAGGAUGGCAGUCACGAGGUCUCCGAGGCGGACGAGGAGGAAGUCCCCCAUCCGGCGGAGUCCGCCAAGGACGCUGCGGUGGAGGGCGGCGAGGACUCCCACGAAAUGCCCAUGGUGGUGGACUACGACGGGCCCACAGACUCCAACUCCAGCAGCUCCUCGACAACGAAUCUGGACGCCAACAGCAAGCAGAUGUCCAAGCUGCAGGCCAUCCUCCAGCAGAAUUUGGGCGCCGAGGUCGGACCAGCAGCCGCAGGAGGCGGCGGAGCGGCAGGAACAGGAGGAAGUGGAGCCGGUACGGGUGGCGCUUCUGGUGGAUCAGGAGGAAGUGGCUCUGGUGCCGAUAUCUCCAACGUCCUGCGCAGCAACCCGAACAUAUCGAUGCGAGAGCUGUUCCACGGCGAGGAGGAGCUGGGGGUGCAGUUCAAGGUGCCCUUCGGAUGCAGCAGCAGCCAGAGGACGCCGGAGGGAUGGACGCGCGUCCAGACGUUCCUGCAGUACGACGAGCCGACGCGACGCCUGUGGGAGGAGCUGCAGAAGCCGUACGGCAACCAGAGUUCCUUCCUGCGGCACCUGAUACUCCUGGAGAAGUACUAUCGCAACGGAGAUCUCGUCCUGGCGCCGCACGCCUCCUCCAACGCCUCCGUUUACACGGAAACGGUACGCCAGCGGCUGAACUCCUUCGAUCAUGGUCACUGCGGUGGCCUGGGCGGAGUACCUCCAUCGAAAGCCCAGUCUGCAACAUCCUCACAUCCGGCAACGGGCGGUAACAGUGUCCUGGCUACCGCCUUGACCACACCCUCCUCCUCAUCAUCGUUGUCGGCGGAUCCGGCGCCAUCCGCGGAUCCAAUCAUCCCCUUGGUGGAGCUGAACGACGACGACGAGGAGGAGGAGGACGGCGGCGAUUCCACGGAGGAUCGAGAGUCGGGAGCGGGCGGGGAUAAUCGGCAAGCGGAGUCCCCGCUGGAACGGCUCAGUGUGGACAAGCUGACGAAGCAGCUGAGCUCCAAUGCAGUGACGAUCAUAGCCCGGCCGAAGGACAACAAGCCCGCCCAGCCAUCCGCCGCCGCCUCCUCCACGUCCGAGGAGGUGGCUGUGGUGCUGCCCACGACGACGAAGUCCGCCGCCCAGUCCCACUCCCACUCCCAGUCUCAGUCUCAGUCGCAGUCACAGUCCCAAUCGCAAGCCAAGGAGGCACCGCCGCUGGUCGCCGCCAAUGCGAACAGCCGCAGCAUCCUGAAGACCAAUCUCCUGGGCAUGAACAAGGCCGUCGAGAUUGUGCCACUGACUCCACCCGCCUCGCAGACCCAGCAAUCCGGCGGCACUCCGUCGAUGGCAUCGAUAACGUCGGUGCCCUCGAUCGCCUCGCUGGCCAACAAGCAGGCCCAGGACCAGAAGCAGCACAAGAAGCUCCUGGACAUGGCCAAGAUGCUGGGCAACACCCAGAAGGCUGCCGCCAAUCAUCAGCAGGGAUCUGAGGCGCCAGCUCCACUGAAGCCAUCGGGCGUCGCCCAGCUGCUCAACUCCCCGCCGGAGCUGAUCAGCCUGCACCGGAGGAGGGCCAGUGCCACCGCCAACAACAGCCUCCUGGGUAACCUCUCCGGCAAGAGGCUGCAACUGCCACGAACUGGAGUAGCCGGCGGCCCAGCAUCUGGCGGGGCGGGAGGCGGUGGGCCGUCGGGCAACCGGGGAGGAGCAAGUGGUGGCCCGCCGCCACCGAAUGUCGUCAUACUGCCGGAUACACUGACGCCCCAGGAGCGGCACGAGAGCAAGAGCUGGAAGCCCACGCUGAUACCGCUGGAGGAUCAGAACAAGGUGCCGAAUAAGACGCAUGCAUUGUACCAGACCGCCGACGGGCGGAGGCUGCCGGCCCUGGUGCAGGUCCAGUCCGGCGGCAAGCCAUACCUCAUCUCCAUCUUCGACUACAAUCGGAUGUGCAUUCUGCGGCGGGAGAAGCUGCUCCGGGAUCAGAUGCUCAAGGCCAACAAUGCCAAGCUGAAGAACGCCCAGCAGCAACAUCAGCAGCAGCAGCAGCAGCAGCAACAACAUCAGCAUCAGCAGCAGCAUCAGCAGCAACAGCAGCAGCAUCAGCAGCAGCAACAACAGAGCUCUGCAGCGUCGGCAACGGCGGCUGCCUUCUCCAGCAUGUUGAAGCUAGCCCACCAGCAGACGGCGCGCCAGCAGCUGCAACAGUUGCAGCAGAAGCACCAGCAACAGCAGCAACAUAUGCCCACCCUGCAGCCUGGUGGUGGUGGUGGCGGCGGAGGGUCUGGGGGAGCAGGUGGCGGAGUGGGCGCUGGACUGCGACUGGCCAGGUUGGCGCCAAAGAUGCCCGCACUGACCAAUCCCCAGAUCGGCAGCCAGGCGCCCAACUACCCCUCGCUGAUGCCCAAUCCCAUGGACAACAGCAACAACUCCUGGCUGUGGAAGAACUUUCCCGACUCGAAUCAGUAUCUCCUGAAUGGAAAUGGCGGCGGCGGGGGCGGUGGUGGUGGUAGCAAGUUGCCGCAUUUCACCGGGAAACCGGCCACUGCCACAAGCAGCAAGGCGGCGGCCACCAGCAUCUUCAACAUCAAGCACCAGCAGCAGCAGCAGAAGCUCAUCGAGAAUGCCAUCAUGUCGAAGAUACCGAAGAGUCUGACGGUGAUACCCCAGCAGAUGGGAGGCGGAAGUGGUGAGCUGGGCGGUGGUGGCGGAGGUGGAGGAGGAGGAGGUACGUCCUCAAAGGACUGACAAGGAGCUAGAAGCGAGAUCGGGCGAAGGAGAAGCAGCCGGAUAUUGGAGCUUCAGAGCACGAGGUGACCAUAGAUUCCAGGGCCAGCACUGGCGGCGUCUUAAAUUAUAAAAAAAAAAAUAUAAAUUUUAGAUUUAAAAAAAAAAACGAACAAGAUGCGAAAAUCAAGAUUAUUCUAAGGAUUACAUAACGUUGAUUGUGUAUAAAAAAAAAAAAUAACUAAAAACUACAAAACUAUAAAGUAAAAAAGAGAAAAAUCGAGAGAUACGGAUACGAAUAUGUGUAAGGUCAAUAGGUAUAUAAGGAUACAACCCAACAGAUGCAGGAUGAACAGAAAAAAAAAAAAAAACGAAAAAGGAUAAUGCAGAUGCAGAUUAUUAAUUAGGAUUUAGGGUUAAGAGCUAUACUUAUACUCUAUAAACUUAUGCUACUUUAUUAUUGUAGAAUACGAUAUAUGAUAUAUAUUUUUUUAUUAGAUUUUAUCGGAAUAUUUCACAUGCGAUUCGUGUAUUAUAGAUACCAAAAUUGCUAGAUCUUAAAAACAAAAAAAUUAAUAAUAAUAAUUAUACAAAAAAAAAGGAAGAAAAGAUAAACAAAAUGGUUUAUAGAUUUAUAAGAUUACAUAAUUUUUUUACACCAACACAACAACAACAACAACUACAACAAGACCCUCACACAUCCACACGCACGAACUAAUAUUUAAAAAAAUAAAAUAAAAUUAAUUAAUUUUAAUAAUUAAUUAAGAGGAAAUGCAGAGCACAAAAAAAAAAUGAAUGCUGCUGAUAAUCCUUAUACCGGAUCUUAAGUUUAAUAAUUGCACGAAUCCAAAAACAAAAAAAAACGAAAUAAAAAUAAAAAACAGAAACAGAAACUAGAAAACCUUAAAAAAAAAAAGAAGAACAAACAAGAACAGAACCAGAAACCCAGGAGCAUUUCAAUAAUCCACUUUACCCCCAAAUAUAUAUUAUAUACAUUUUUUAUAGAAUAUAUGACAAAUCCUAAUUUAUAACCAUUUUUGUAUUCUCACUUACACCCACACACACACACACACACCUCAUACACACACACACACACACCAACAACAACAUACAGAGAUAUACUUUAUAGUACUAAUUUUAUAUUAUUAAUUUAACCACUAAAAACUAAAUUGUAAAUACAUAUAUAUAUAUACGAAAUAUAAUAUAUUUACAACAGAAAACAGAAACAGAUAAAUACACAAAAUACACUUUCAAAAAAAAACAAAUUAAAAAUGCAAAUUUUUCAACAACAAAGUAAAAGCAAAAAGCAAAAAGUAAAAGCAAAAAGCAAAUCCAAACACAAAAACAAUCAAAUGAUCGGUGUUCUCGGUGCCUCUGGUGGCCUCUGUGUUCCAUUUCUAAGGAAUUCUAAACAAAAAAAAUUACAGAAAUCAGUUUAAGCAUAACAAAAUAAAUACAAAAAUAAAUACAAAAUUAAAAAAUAUAAAAUUUCAAAUUAAAAUAAAAUAUAUAUAUAUCGUAUAUAGUUCUCUUAAGCCCCCAAAAUGAUGAUCGUUUUCUGAGAAAGGCAAUUGCAUAUUUCUCAAAAAAAAAAAAAAAAUGACAAAUUGAAAAAAAAAAGCUUUCUUAAAAAAUUAACUCAACACAAUACAACGUAUAUAUAUGGUUAUAUAUGGUAUAUAGUAUAUACUAGCUAUAUAUAUUUGAACAGAUAUUUUAGAGAGAAAGAGAGAGAGAGAGGGAUGCAAUUGUAAAUUAGCCCGUUAGGCAUUAUAGAAUAUAUUUAUACACAUAUGAGAAUUCAAUUGUUGUUGUUAAACAUUGAAAAUGUAUUUAUAAAGAAUGGGAAAUUCAAAAAAAAAAAAAAAAACCCAAGAAGAAUGGAUAGGAUAGGUUGAGAAUCAGAGCCCCAGGAAACAAAAAAGUAAAAAAUAAAUAAAUAAAAAAUAAAACAAAGUCGAGGACAUCCACAGGACAUCCUCAUCUGAUAUAUGAUGAACAUAGAAUGCCUUGAUCGAACCUGGUUUUAUUUUGUAAAGUCCUUAAACAAAAAAAAAAUCAUAAAUAAUCGUGUGCCUGUGAGAGAGUAUGUGUGUGUGUGUGUGUGUGUGUGUGUGUGUGGGAGUGUGUGUGUGGAAGUGUGUGUCCUUUAUGUAGUACUUGAUAGCAGAUAAAUCAUUUGAUCCAAAACACAUCCUACACUUACAACUUAUUUAUGCAAUUAAUUUAAAAAAAAAAAAAAAAACAAAAUAAACUCUAAAAA